CCAAAUUAUAUAAUUCACUGAGUAAAAGGAGGAGACACUUGGCAGCUUGGCACCAGUACUAAUGAAGCCAAUAGCCUUCUCCGCUUUCUCCUUUUGGCUGGCUCUCAUUUUGGCUGGCUUCCUUGGCAUACACAUCACUGGCAGUUCUGUGAGAAGUCAGAAGAACCAUACGCUGAUUUUCACCAAGGAAAACACAAUUCGCAACUGCAGCUGCUCGGCAGAUAUCUGUGAUUGUGAUUACUGCCUGGCAAACUUGAUGUGCAAUUGCAAAACAGUGCUGCCUUCUACCAUGGAAAUAACUACCUACAAUAGCCACCUGACCAUUUGGUUCACAGAUAUCUCUGUGCUGGAGAUGCUCCUCAACUUCACAAGGGUGUGGGAUUUGAAGCUGUCUUUCUGUGGCACCACUCCUCUUCCAACAGAAUACUUGGCCAUUUGGGGACUUCGAAAGCUCCGGGUAAACAAGGUCAAGGGACAAUUUCCAGAGCAGAGUGUAACCAUCUACAGCAGCAGCAACAAUGAAAAAGAAUAUUCACUUGUGGUGCACAGAGACAAGCAAAUGCUCGUACAUGUUUCUUUUCUGGAUACCUCGCUUUUCAAUGGAUAUUCUUUGCUGAAGUCGUACAGUGUGGAAAACAUCUCUAGUAUCACAAAGCACUUUCCCAGCCUGCUGUACUCUGAUUCAGUCUUCUCAGCCUCAGAUAACAAGAGCUAUGUUGUAACGUUCAUUUACUGA